AUGGCACACGGACCCGGCGUCGGUAACAGCCCCAUCUUUCAUGGAGACGGCUUCAAGGCCCAGGACGUGCUCGUGACGGUGCAGCAGGGCACGCUCCGGGGCGCCGUGGUCACCAGCGUGCUGGGCACGCCCUACAUCAGCUUCAAGGGAGUGCCCUACGCCCAGCCGCCGGUGGGAAAUCUCCGUUUCCAGGCGCCACAGCCAGCCGCAAGUUGGGAGGGGGUGCUCGACGCCUUGGAGCAGAGCGAAAUGUGCAUGCAGCCGGUGAGCGGCGUCUACCACGUGGGCUCCGAGGACUGCCUCUACCUGAACGUGCACGUGCCGAUGAACGCGUCGGGGCCGCUGCCCGUGCUCGCCUGGAUCCCCGGCGGCGGCUUCACCAACGGAGCCUCGUCCUUCAACGGCCCAGACUUCUUCAUCGAGGAGGGCGUCAUCGUGGUGUCGCUGCAGCAGCGGGUCGGCGCCUUGGGUCUGUUGAGCACCGGCGACGAUGUGGUCCCCGGGAACGCAGGCAUGAAGGACAUCGUGAUGGCGCUGCGGUGGGUGCAGCAGAACAUCGCUGCCUUUGGUGGAGAUCCCGACCAGGUGACCAUCGGCGGCGAGAGCGCGGGAGCCUGCUCCACGUCGCACCUGAUCAUCUCCCCGCUCGCAGACGGCCUGUUCCGGGGCGCAAUACUGCACAGCGGGGAGGCGGUCAGCUCUUGGGGCGUCGGCGCCGACCCCGCGGUCAGGGCCUUCCGCCUGGGAGAGGCCCUCGGCUUCUCCACCAACGACUCGCGGGAGCUGCUGGAGUUCCUCCUGGCGCAGGACGCUGCCGACCUCGUCACCCACGACGACGAGCUGCUGUCUCCGGAGGAGGAGGCGCAGCUGCCGCUGCUGGUGUGGAUGCCCGUGAUAGAGCGGGACGUGGAGGGCGCCUUCAUCACCGAGUGGCCCGCUGCCGCCCUGAAGGAAGGCCGCUUCAGCAGGGUGCCUGUCAUCACCGGAUUCACGUCUGGCGACGGGUUGGAGCCAGUCAGUCGCAAGCAGUACCUGGACGACGCGGCGGCGCUGCAGCAGCUGAGCGACAACUUCGUGGCGGCAGUGUCCCCGCAGCUGCACCUGCCGACGCCGCAGCAGCGCGAGGAGGCCGCCCUGCAGCUGCGCGACUUCUACUUCGGGCACGAGAACAUCACCGCCAGCGACGCGCAGGCCGUCGUCGACAUGCUCACCGACCUUGGCUUCGGGGAGCCAGUGGACUCGACAGUGAGGUUGGUGGCCAACCACACGGACGCCGCCCCCGUCUACUACUACCUGUUCGACUACAGGGGGGAGGAGCUUGGGAACACUACAUAUGGAACACCUCAUGCGACCCAGAGCAGUGUCGUCUUCUACCUUCAGUAUCUUCCCAUUUUAGCAGAUCCUGAGUCGACUUUCGGACGCUUAAGGUCGACUAUGACGAGACUUUGGACCAACUUCAUCAAGUAUGAGACUCCGUCUCCAGAAGGCGAGCAGAUAGUCUGGGAACCUUUCGACAACAGCAACCUUUACUACUUGCACAUUACCGACACAUUUGAACUUAAACAAGAUGUUUACAAGGAACGUAUGGACUUCUGGCACCAGAACAUUCCACUGUAA